AUGAAAUGGCGAGUGGCUGGCGGGAUGGGCUUACCACUUGCUGCCGCUGUCCUCUUCACGCUGCCUCUGUUCACGUCCUCCACGGGCGAUAUAAGACAUCACGGGACCUCCAGGGCGCGGGGCUGGCGCGGCGGCGUCCAGGCCAACGCUGACGUCACGGCCAACAACUCCAUCAGCAACGUCACUGCUCAGCUGGGCGGGACUGCUUACCUGCACUGCCUGGUUGGACACUUGAGCGAGAGAGGCCAAGUUUCCUGGAUCAGGAAAAGGGACUGGCACAUAUUGAGCUCCGGGAAGUUUACUUACACAAACGACGAGCGAUUUCAGGUCCUACACGGAGAAGGGUCUGAGGAUUGGACGCUUCAGAUUAAAUUUGUCCAAAAAAGGGACAAUGGCACCUACGAAUGUCAGGUGUCAACAAGGACAGGGAUUGUGUCCCACUACGUGCGACUACAGAUAGUGGUGCCGGAGGCGUUUAUACUGGGCUCUGGAGAACACCACGUCGACCUGGGAAGUGUCAUUCACCUCAUUUGUAUCGUUGAAAAGAGCCCAACACCUCCCCAAUACGUGUUCUGGUACCACAACGAGCGGAUGAUCAACUACGACGCGACGCGCGGCGGCAUCACAGUGGAAACGGAGCCGGGUGCUCGCACACAGAGCCGUCUCACAGUCAGAGGCGCCACGCUCAAAGACUCGGGGAAUUAUACGUGCAGCGCUAGCAACACCGAGCCCGCGUCGAUACACGUGUUCGUCUCUGAAGGCAGCAACAAAAUGGCGGCGAUCCUCCGUCGGAACACGAGCGCCAUCCACGGUAUAACGUCGAGCGCGACCUGCUUACUUCUGCUCGGCUCCGCGCUGUUGCACUUCGGCCUGCGAUGACGGUGGAGUGGCUAGAGCGGCCGUAGGUGACGGCGAAAGUCGGUGUUGACGGUGUAUCUUGUCGGUGAAAAGUGGAAACUUAAUUUUUAUUUGGAAGUCUUAGUUAGUUCAUUGAAGGGUUAGGAUGGCAUGAAUUUGAAGGAUGAACUCUGUCACUUAAUCAUGUUAAUAGGUACUUUCCUGGACAGUGAACUGCUAUAGCAUUCAUAACAAUAAACUUUUAUUGUGUCUGGGUUACUGUCGGGAAAGUGUUAAAUAGGGUCGAAAUUAAUUAUUUCUACCAGGAAAUUCUAUGUCUGAUUUGUAUGGAGGACACACAGUGUUAAAUUAUUAUCCUAAUGAUUCUAAUAACAAGAAUCCUAAAUAGGUAUUUAAUGCUUCGGAUGGCACAUAAAGCUAUCGGUCGAAUUAACAGGAGCAGGAAUUUAAACCUAUUUCGGGUCAUAAGUUCUAACCCCAGAAUUAUGACCUCAGAUGCUACAACCCCUAAGAUAGAUGUCACUGAGUAAAAGUAUGGAAAAUUCGUUCGUUUUUAGAAGCUAUUAGAAGAACAAGAUCAUCUAAAUUAUCGACUUUCGCCGUAUUGUUGCACGAAGCAGAUAAUGUACAGAGGAAUAGCAUUCAGGAGUGAUUCAAAGAUCCAAGCUAAUUCGUUCCUUCAAACGAUCAUAAUAGGGAACAAUUUUGCUUGGGAAUGAGGGUUUUCAUGAUUGAAAAAUCUGCCAGAUGGCAAUACGUAGACGCGAGGUCCAAAUGCUGCAUGAUUGGUUAUUUUUGACAUGACAUUGACAGAUAAAA